AACUUUACUUGCUAGGUUGUUGGGGUAAAUCUUCAAGAGAGGUUUUGUUUGUUGUUUAGUAGUUGCAGACUUUGCCAGCUUGUUUUUCCAAUUGUAAUCUUGCAGGUGCUAGUGAUGGUGUGAGUUGAGUUUGUUUGAGGGCAAUGGGACUACAUGGAGAGCUCUUUCAGAAAGCUGUCACUGACACGAUGUGCUGAGUAGCCUCCUUCUGUGCUGUAGUAUUCUCUGAUUUUGAGCGUCAUUGUGACUGGAUAUUUCUAGCCGUCUAAUUCCGUCAGCAUCACUGAGCUGCUUCAGCAUCGCCCCUCCACUCCCAUUGUCUCAAUACAUGAGGAACUGAUUGAGAUGUCUAAACCAGAUGCCCACACUCGGGGUUUCAUUUGGAGCAUCUGACCCUGUAGCCAUUUCAGGCUAACGGCCGCUCUGGAGUGUACACGCUUAAACCUGUGCAUUUCUUGUUUUUGUGAGAACCUUACCUAGUGUAAAGUAGCAUGAACCUGUUGAGGUGUGGGUUUGCCGUUCAGUUUCUGAGAUGCCAGUGGAACAGUGUCUUCAAAUUGAGAACCACGAUGGAGACUGUUGUUUGGCGUUGCCCGUUCCUGUCCCGUGUCUCACAGAACUUUCUCCAGAAAGCGGGCAAAUCCCUGAUCUACUAUGCUCAGCGCUGCCCCGUCAUGAUGGAGUCAGCAAGCAAGCUGGCAAUGCGUAACGUCACCACCUCUGCUGCUCACCACCAGACCAAGGAGACCACACCAGUGACUGAGAAACCCAACGCCUCACGUGCAGCUCCGGCGAGUGUCCCCAGCGUCCAACUUCCCCUGGGACACCCGGCCCCAGGUCCAGGCCAGGCUGUCGCCUCCAAAUGCCCCUUCCUGGCUGCUGAGAUGAGCCAUGGCCACAGCAGCGUGGUCCGCAAAGCCAGUGUGGAGCUUUCGGAAGAUGUACAGGAGAUGCACGCUGUCAGGAAAGAGUUGGCUCAUAAUCCAGCUGCUGUCAGUGUGAGUGAAGUGAGCAGACAGCAGCCCAGCCUCCUGAGAAACCUGCACGGUGCUGUCAAGCAGAAACGUCCGUCCCAUCUCAUUCAAGACAACAUGCCCAAAUCUGUCCCAGCCUUCAAAUAUGAUGGUUUCUUCGAGAAGUCGAUCAACGCGAAGAAGAAAGACCACACGUAUCGAGUCUUCAAAACUGUGAACCGGCGAGCAGAUGUCUUCCCCAUGGCUGACGAUUACUCUGACUCUGUUAGCAUCAAGAAGGAGGUGUUUGUGUGGUGCAGCAACGAUUACCUGGGGAUGAGCCGGCACCCCAGGGUCGUGGCGUCUAUAAUGGAUGCCCUGCGGCAGCACGGUGCGGGAGCUGGGGGCACCAGGAACAUUUCUGGAACCAGCAAAUACCACGUUGAUUUAGAGGGUGAAUUGGCUGAUCUUCACGGCAAGGACGCUGCUCUGCUGUUCUCCUCCUGCUUCGUAGCCAAUGAUUCAACGCUCUUCACUCUGGCCAAAAUGCUCCCAGGUUGUGAGAUCUAUUCUGAUGCGGGAAACCAUGCCUCCAUGAUCCAAGGAAUUCGGAACAGUGGUGUUCCCAAGUUCAUCUUUCGUCACAAUGAUGUCAGUCACCUGCGGGAGCUGCUGCGUAAAUCCAAUCCGGCCACUCCCAAGAUCGUGGCCUUUGAGACUGUGCACUCAAUGGAUGGCGGUGUGUGCCCGCUGGAGGAGCUGUGUGACGUGGCACAUCAAUACGGUGCCGUCACCUUUGUGGAUGAGGUCCAUGCCGUGGGGCUUUACGGCUCUCGGGGUGGGGGCAUCGGCGAUCGUGACGGGCUCAUGCAUAAGAUGGACAUCAUUUCAGGAACCCUGGGGAAAGCCUUUGGCUGUGUUGGUGGCUAUAUAGCCAGCACGGCUUCUCUCGUGGACCUGGUGCGUUCCUACGCCGCUGGCUUUAUCUUCACCACCUCGCUGCCGCCCAUGCUGCUGUCGGGGGCCCUGGAGUCGGUGCGCGUGCUAAAGAGCGAGGAAGGGCGGUUGCUGCGACGUAAACACCAGCGUAACGUGGCCCAUAUGAGGCAGCUACUGAUGGACGGAGGCUUCCCUGUCAUCCAGUGUCCCAGUCACAUUAUCCCCAUCCGUGUUUCCAACGCAGCGCAGAACACCAAGGUCUCUGAUCAGUUGUUGAGUAAAUACAACAUUUAUGCCCAAGCCAUCAACUACCCCACGGUGGCACGUGGUGAGGAGCUCCUGCGCAUCGCUCCUACACCUCACCACACCCCUCAGAUGAUGGAUUACUUUCUGGAGAAGCUGCUGAUUGUGUGGAAGGAUGUUGGGCUGGAGCUGAAAUCCCACUCCUCUGCAGAGUGUAACUUCUGCCAUCGCCCCCUACACUUUGAGCUACUGAAUGAGAGCGAAAGGUCCUAUUUUGAUGGCUUGAGCAACUUGGUGUCUGUGAGCGCCUGAUCCGCCUGCCCAGGGAGGGCACUGUGGCUCUCCCCUUCCUUCCCCCAUUACAUCCAACUUUAUACUCCACUGAUUUUAACAGAAUAUAUACAUAUAAUUUAUACAAGUUAUUCCAUGAUGGGGGCAAAAACUAAUAAAAAUAGUAAAAUCA